AUGGUGGCCAUGGCAUAUGGGCAGUUCUUAGAAAGGAACACGCCUCUACGCACUCAGCACACUUGUGCAAACAUAAUGAACAGUCCUAAAAUCCACCAAACUUUCUCUAAGAAGAAUGGCAAGUACCAACGCCACAAAGUGACACACUACAAGAAAGGCAAGGAUUCUCUGGGCCCCCAGGGAAAGCAGCGUUAUGACAAGGAGCAGAGUGGCUAUGGUGGGCAGACUCAGCCAAUUUUCCAGAAAAAGGCUCAAACUACAAAGAAGAUUGUGCCGAGGCUUGAGUGUGUCCAGCCCAACUGCAAAUCUAGGAGAAUGCUGGCUAUUAAGAGAUGCAAACAUUUUGAACUGAGAGAAGAUAAGAAGAGAAAGGGCCAAGUGAUCCAGUUCUAAACGUCUUUUGUUUUAUUAUGAAGA